AUGAGAGAAAAUUGCCAAAAUUGCGGAGCAAAUGGCUACGAAUAUAAAUCAACAACUCCGGGUGCCAAUUUUGAUAAUUAUAUCUUAUAUGAAAUAGUAAACACCGAAACGAAAGAAACAAAAGAAGUUUGCGACAAUUGUAAGGAAAAAUUAGGAGUAACUGAAGAAGAAGAAAAAUUAGAAGCAGUAGGGGAAAAUAAACGAGCGGCUGAAACUUAUUUAGAAGCCAAAAAGAAGUAUGAAACCAAAAGGUCAGAAUUGCCAUUCCGCAACGAUUUAAAUGAGGAAGGAAAACGAAUUAAAGAUCAUAAAUAUCAAAAUCUAAUCCGGAAAGCAUGA